AUGGCCCAAGAAGACGAUGAGGAAGAUUUAGUAUUUAACGUCGAAGAAGUACAAAAAAUAGUACGGGAUAAUAUCGAAUUAUGUUUGGGAGGGAAUGUUUACAGCCAUUCACGAGCACCUCAAUGGAUCACAGUAAUCACAGAAAAGACAUUGGCUAGGCUGACUAAACUCAAUAAACCAUUUAAAUAUAUAAUGAGAAUGACUGUCACCCAGAAGAAUGGGUCUGGACUCCAUACAGCCGCUGCCUAUUUUUGGGAUACAGCAACUGAUAGCACGUGCACCGUUCGGUGGGAAAAUAAGUACAUGUACUGUAUUGUUAACAUAUGGGGUUUAGCGUUACAAGUAUAA